ACACACAAAAGGGUUCAAAUAUCAGAAAAGGCACUGCUCUACUUUUGAGGUUGUCACUUUUUCUUAGAAGUUUCACAGUUCAUUGAUAUUAUAAUAAGAAAAGACAGUGCCGUAAGUCGUUACAUAGCAUAAUAAGCCUUGAAAUAAUAAUUAAAUUAGUGAAAUGUGAUCUUGAAUCUGAAAGGGUCGAGUCAACAUAAUUUAUUUCUCUCGAUUGGUUUGAAAGUUGCAGCGGAAAAGAAGGCAGUGUAGAAGAAGAAAGGACCAUUCUUUGCAAAUGCCUUUUUCUGCUCUCUUGGAGCCUCACUACCAGCUCUAAUGGCGAUCACCAACAUUUUUCGCUUCUCUCUACCCACCAAAUCUAACCCUUCAACUUUGCCGUUUGAUACCUCUUUCACAUCCUCUGCUUACUUCCUCGUUUCCUCGCCACAUUUCAGGUAUCAUCCCAUUCAUCUCAAUCUCCACUCAAUUCAUUCAUCACUUUUCCACCUCGAAUUGGAGGUUGUGUAUCAUCCCAUUCAUCUCAAUCUCCACUCAAUUCAUUCACUUUUCCACCUCGAAUUGGAGGUUGUGUUAACCUUGGGGAGCAUACCGGCAGUGAGGUCGUGCCGAUUUUGCUUUCAAGGCAGUGGUUCCGCCCACGGCACAACGUUUUUUACCUCCUGGUUCCUAUUUUGUCCUUUAUUGUCCAACAACAUUGUCAUCGGCACCGGUGGGUACUUCUCCUUCCCGAUUUGCCUCGCCGCGAGGCUGAUUAAUGGGGUCAAGCUCGCAAUCCAAGAUCAGAACUCGGUUCCAGGGUUUGGGAAUUGGGUUCUUUCCUAUUUUGCGGAUGUGGUUUUUGUUAUCUUGAACUCCACGAUUGAGUGCUUUCCAAGCAAGAAGAAGUGUGUGGUUUGCGGGAAUCCGGUGAGAUUGGCACUGAGGCAGUACGUAUCGAAGGCUGUGGCACGUUUGCAUUUCUUUCCAAGAUCAGGGAAGGCCGAGGAUCUGGAGGCGAAGACUCUACUAGUUCUUGGAGGGUCUUUGGGGGCCAAUGCCAUAAACAUUGCCAUGUUGAAUCUGUACUAUCAGAUGCUGUUGGAGAACAAGAACUUGUAUAUUAUAUGGCAGACUGGCGUGGAGACAUUUGAUGAGAUGGACAGCCUUGUGAAGAACCAUCCCCAUCUGCAUUUAACGCCGUUCAUGCAUUCUCUGCAUUUGGCAUAUGCAGCUGCAGAUCUCAUAGUAUCUAGAGCAGGGGCCAUGACUUGCUCUGAGAUCCUAGCAACUGGGAAGCCUUCUAUUCAGAUACCGUCACCAUAUGAAGAUGAAGGACAUCAGUUCAGAAAUGCUUCAACAAUGGCUGACAUGGCUGGUUCAAGGGUAAUAGAUGAAGAUGAGCUAGAUUCAACUACUCUUGCAAUUGCAAUCCAAGAGAUAUUAGGUGAUGAGAGUAAAAUGGCAGAUAUGUCUGAGAGAGCACUGAGAGUAUCAAAACCAAAUGCCUCUGCUGAAAUUGUUCAACACAUUGGAAACUUGAUAAACUUGUCAACUAGGAAGGGAAAGCAGCAAUGAUAUCAUAACAGUGGAUGAGAUAAUUUUAUGAUCCACAUUCCACACCACACACUGGUUGGUUUGAAGGUCAGAUUGCUUUCUUCAUCACACAGAAGUCAUUCAUAUCUUUUACACUCCCAACUUAUCAUGCGAUGUGAUCGUUCAGCUAUAAUGAUGUAUCAAAAAGCCUUGUUCGAUAAGUAUUUUGUCUGAACUUUGAAGGUUAAAUUACGUUUGUCUAAUAGGUUCCUAAGUCUUUAAUAAGACGAUGCCUUAUAU